AUGACUAAGAACCCUUUGACCUUAGUCAAUGAGACCAUAGAGGUUGAAGAUAAUGACAUGAAAGAACUAGGAAUGAAUGAGAGAAGUUGUGAAGGAUGUUUGAGUCAAAACACAUGGUUCUUCAGAGCUGUUAAGAAACUUAGUAAAGAACGACAGAAAUAUUUUAUAGAGAAGUAUUGCAAAGGAUGUGUAAAUGAAUUGCUUGAAAUAGAACUUAGAGACACUUUCACACUAAAGGACUUGAGAAGAAAUAAGUACAUGAGUGAAGGUAUUGACAUAGCUAGUGUUAUAAAUGACUUAAGAAGAUGUGUUGUCGUUAUUGACGGAGCACGUAUGACAUAUCUAGUGAAAGAUUAUGAUGGAAUACGAGACACAACAACACUUGUGUCAGUAGAUAGCAAGGAAUUCAAUAAGCUCAUGAAGAGUGUUUAUGUAGGACGUAUUGAGGAGAAGGAUGUGAACGCACUGAUGAUUUAUGAAGCGGGUCAGAACAAGAACUAUCUUAUGAAGUCAGGCAUGAGAUUCUUUGACGAAAGAGAUGACAUUUACAGCUAUUUCAGAGGAUAUGAGUAUGAGGUACUGAAUGAAGUAGAUGAAAGCAUUAUUGAAGGAUAUUUGAAACAUGUUCACGAUGUCAUAUGUAAUGAGGAUGAAGAGCUUUAUGAGUAUGUUUUGAACUGGUUCGCCUACAUCGUUCAAAAUCCUUGUGGAAAGACUGGAACAGUACUUUUGUUAAUAGGAAAGCAAGGAACUGGUAAGAAUGUACUUAGUAAUGUUCUAUGCGAGCUCAUUAGCAAGUACGCCAACAAUAAUAUAACGGCAAUAGAGAAUGUGGUUG